UAUCCAUUUGUCGGGAAGCCUCUUCUUUGGAUGACAUGCGCUUUUGGCAGUCUGGGUGAUGGAUUGUUUGGUUAUGACCAGGGUAUCAUUGCUGGACUCUUGGUCAAUCCUGUCUUUGUAUCUCGAUUCUUCAAGGACCACGGCGGUGCCAGUGGAUCGUCAGAUGAUGUGAAUCCGUCCGUUACAGGCAUCAUGGUAGCAUGCCUUCAAGCAUCUGCUAUCCUAGGCGCCCUUCUAGCCGGACGACUGGGAGAUAUUGUCGGACGAAAGAAAUGUGUCCGCAUCGGCGGCUUCAUCUACCUUGCGACAGGCUUCGUGCAAGCCUUUGCUCCCAACCUGACUUGCUUCAUGGUCGGUCGAACAGUCCAAGGCCUCGGUGUCGGCUUCCUAUCGUCGACGGUGCCUAUUAUUCAGACGGAAAUUGCGUCUCCGCAUCGACGAGGUAUGCUCGUGGCUAUCGAGUACAGUUUCAACAUUGCUGGAUAUUCCCUUUCGACCUGGGUGGACUAUGGGUGCAAUUUUCUGCUCCCUGCGCAUACAUCCUGGCAGACUCCGUACUUUGUUCAGAUUGGGCUUGCGGCCAUUCUAUUUUUCAUGUCGUUCAUUCUGCCCGAGACCCCGCGAUGGCUUGCUCGUAAUGGGUUUAUGAAGGAAGCGCGACAGACGGUGGCAGAUCUUCACGCGGAUGGUGACAUCAACGCUGAGCAUGUUCGUGCAGUUUGGGUUGAGAUCGAAGAGGCCGUUCGCUAUGAGGCAUCGCUAGGACAAUCGACCUGGGGUGAGGUCUUCACCCGCUACCGCAAGAGAAUCAUAGUGGGCAUCACAGCACAGAUGUUUGCACAGCUAAAUGGCAUCAACGUCAUCUCAUUCUAUCUCCCUAGCUCACUCGCCAAAGCCGGAUUCGACAACCGAAAGUCGCUGUUAUACACAGCUGGAAAUUCCAUUCCAUACGUGGCAGCAACAAUGCUGGCCUGGGUUCUUGCCGACAAAUGGGGCAGGAAGCCUUUGCUGAUGCUGGGAGGUAUUCUCAUGGCCACCGCACUCAUCAUCGUUUGCGUUUUCAAUCAAGCGCCCAUGAAUACUGUGACACGAGCACAAGGCAUAUAUGCCUUUGUUUUGAUAUAUAACGCCAUUUACGGUUUUACAUGGGGCCCAAUUCCCUGGCUUCUCCCAGCUGAGAUAUUCCCACUCCGAGUACGAAGCAAGGGCAUGGCGCUGUCGACGAUGUCGAAUUGGACAUUCAACUUCAUAAUCGGAAUGUCAUCGCCUGAUGCGUUCGCCGGUAUCAAAGGAUACUACUAUGUGAUCAUCGCAGGGUUCUGUCUGUUUUCGACAGGACUGGUUUACUUCUACUACGUGGAGACGGCGAAUCAUUCCCUUGAAGAGAUUGCAGUAGCAUUCGGGGAUAGGGCUUUUGCGGACGAUGACCAGUAUGUUAUGGAACAGGCUCAAGUACGUGGACCAGAUGAGCCAAAAUGUGUGGCAUAGUCGACUAGGGUUAGGACUAGGAGUUUCGAAUCAAUUUUCACUUUCAUCAUCG